AUGGCUUUCUCAGCUCUAAAAGUGCUGCUCCUUGUCAUCUCUAUGAUUCUCACUGUCAAAGCUCAAGUUGAUCAAGCAAGUUUCCGCCCCAUUACCUCUGAAUCACUUGCAUUGCCGUGGACCAUGGCUAUGUACGAUGAGUUGGGUGAGCAUGAAGAGCAUGAAUAUGAUGGUGAGAUUGCUAGAAGGUCUCUGUAUAGAAAGCAUUAUUACAUAUCGUAUGGAGCUCUCUCUGCUGACAGGAUUCCAUGCGCACCUCGUUCUGGGAGGUCCUAUUAUACUCACAAUUGCCAUAGAGCCAGAGGCCCAGCUAACCCAUACACUAGAGGAUGCUCCGCAAUCACCCAUUGCAGGAGAUAG